GCGCGGAUGUGGUGGCAACCUUUAUCACGCGUUGAGUGAAACUGCUGUUGGCGAGGUUGCACCAGAUAUGUGACAUGAGUGGCGCCAGGGACCAUGCCGGCUAUCGAAAGUGGAGCUGCCGCUGCAUAAGGUGGCCUCCCGGGUGAAUGACAUCACCAACUUUUAGCUGGAUGAGGUUGCGUGGCGGUUCGGCAUGGAGCCGUUCGACCAUAGCAACCCAGGACUACAAAUGUUUACCGGCAAAACACCCCGGACCGCAGAGGCUUCUUGCGGAUAAGAUGGAGUCUGACUCCACCGACUACAAAUCAUACGGGGCAGGCCCUGAUGCCCUCGAGUACUCGGAUGCCCAGAGGUCGCAGGGGACGAAGCGGGCGAGGACGAUGGUGCGGACAAGCUGGCCUGCGCCCCCACCGACGAGGCGGCAUCAUCACGCCAUCACCCCAAAGGGUUCAGGGACUGGCCAGACAAUGAUGUGCAGUUGCUGGACGGACCGCCAGCCUCGAUGGUGUCGCUUCCGGGCCGCCGCUGCGGAGGGAGCACGGAAGCGCCGGCUAGGGGCCGGCUGAUGGUUACGUAGCCAGCCCGCCGCGAGAUGGCAGAGCAGCGCCAUCGCGAGAAGCAGCCGAUCGUUGGCUCGGCCGGCAGCCCAGUCGCCAAGAAGCUGUGGUGGCCGUCCUGCCGGCUGGUGUUCUUCUGCCGGGGUGGAGGAGGGUCAGGUGCGGGCCCCAUGAGAUCCCCCUUGCCGAUGGGUAAGACUUUCUUCGAGGCUGGUGCCACCUUUCUCUUUUCAUGUUUGCUGCUGGCAUUUGAGCUCGUGCUCAUCUUUGUCCUGCAGGCCUCCUCUUGUGCUACCUGAACCGGAGACGUCGGCCCUCAAGACCGCGCAAGUCGCCAUCACUCGCCGUGGAGCACCCGCGGUGACAGCGUGACUCGAGAGGGAGCGUCAUGCUAAUAAGGUCGUGCCGGCUGGGGGAGCCGGCGUCAGCGGCCCCUCGGGCGAAGCAGCAAAUGAUGCCAUGGUGUCGGCGCCGCCUACAGCUGCUUAGGAGAGUCCUUCAAUGUACAUGUGGACGCAGGCCCCGAGCCACCUCCAGAGAUGGCGACCCCAGCGGCUGGCGAGCCAGCUGCCCUAGAGGCGGUUCGUUCAAAGUCUGACCCGGGGCAGCGGACCGGAGCUGCUGCCGAUGCCCCUGGCGACGGCGACCGAGCCAUUGUUGUGUCAAGAGCACCGGCGAUUUCGACCGCGCCGGCUUGUGGGAGCCGGGUGCACUUGUUGACGUCGGUGACGACCGUGUCAGAGCAGCUGCACCCCGCCCCGCCUGCGACCGAGACAGUCCCUUUGACCCCUGGGCAGGCGGUGUUAGUGCUGCGGUCGUUGAGCGUGAUUGUCCAAUGCAAAAAGGACAUGCUCGACUUCGACAUAUCGAUGAUGGUUGGCCAAAAGACUCUAGACCAGGUGCUCGAGGCCAAGCGGUCGCAGCACAGUGCAAUCUGUCGGGAUGCAACAUACAUCGGCCGCGCUCCAACAACUGCUACCACAAAGCUCGCAACGACCUCGCGUCUCAGUCGACCGAGGUAGAGACGGUCAAGGCCGAGAUGGA